UUCGUGGGCCGAUGGUGCACAUGUAAGGGUUUAUGCUUCCGCAACAGUCGACACAUGCCAUUACAUAAACACAUCUCUUUUCUAGGGUUUUUGGCGCCUCCCAAACCUUCCCCCCUUCAUAGAGACUAGAGAGAGAGAGAAGAGGAGCUCGGGAGCACAGAGAGUGAUCAAAGAUGAAGACGAUACUCUCUUCAGAGACUAUGGACAUCCCCGAUGGGGUGAAGAUCACUAUAAAGGCCAAGAUAAUCGAAGUGGAGGGCCCACGAGGGAAGCUAACCCGCAAUUUCAAGCAUCUGAACCUGGAUUUCCAGCUGAUAACAGACGAGGAAUUGGGGAAUAAGAAGUUGAAGGUCGAGUCCUGGUUCGGAUCGCGGAAGACCACCGCCGCCAUUCGAACGGCGCUCAGUCACGUCGACAACCUCAUUAAGGGGGUCACCAAGGGAUACCGGUACAAGAUGCGGUUCGUCUACGCUCAUUUUCCGAUUAAUGCCAGUAUCACCAAUACCAACAAGUCAAUCGAGAUCCGUAAUUUCCUCGGUGAAAAGAAGGUGAGGAAAGUUGAUAUGCUUGAAGGGGUUACCAUUCUUCGGUCCGAGAAAGUUAAGGAUGAACUGGUAUUGGAUGGGAAUGAUAUUGAACUCGUAUCUCGAUCCGCUGCCCUGAUAAACCAAAAAUGUCAUGUCAAGAAGAAAGAUAUCCGGAAGUUCCUUGAUGGUAUUUAUGUCAGCGAGAAGGGAACAAUGGUUGAGGAAGAAUGAUUUGUCAGAUAGUCGCUACAAUUUUGAUGGCGUUGGCUAGAUGUUGUCUUUUGAUUCAGUAUCUUGUGGUACCAAUUGGUUAUCCAUUCGAGUUGAUUUUCAAAAUUUUGUUUUGUCAAACUUCUCGUUCAUUAUGACAGUGAUUCUGGUUGUUUUUUGCUUGUAUCCUUCACAACCCCCCCAACCCUUCUCCUCCCCUUUUCCCAUCCCUUCUUUUUCCAUUUUCUUCGAUGUGUUGUUUUUGCUGGAUCUUUCUGUAGAAACUUUGUGUGAAUUCUUGAAAUUGAGGCUGCCAACUGUUUAAAAUUUCUAUAUUAGAGAUAUGGAUUUGUUUA